AUGUUAAAAUCAAGUACUCGUCAUGUAUCAACAAAUAUCCCAUCGGCUCGGUCAACAACUCAAAAUACAUUAUCGAAUAGUAGUAGACCAAUAGUAACAACAUCUUUAAGCCCGAAUCAUGUUGAAUCUAUAGAUUAUACUGCAUUAGAUACAUUCAGGAGAGAAACUAUACAUAAAGCAGAAGAAGCACAUCGGAUAUGGAAAGCAAAAUUUGAUCCAUGGUUAAUUGAUGAAUAUCGAGAAAUGUAUGCAAAUAGAAUAAAAAAUCGCGGUAUACCUUCUGGUAAUCGUGUUGUUUCACUUAAACGUCCUGAAUGGCAACAACCCGCAGAUACAUCACCGCCAUUAUAUAAACGUUUACCUGGCCAACGACGUCGACGUUUAUUAGGCUCAUUUCCUGAAACAGAAAAUGAUAAAAUUGGUUGGCGUCUUUUGCCAGAACAUGCUAUCGAUAAAUAUGGUUCAAAAAUAGCAAAUAUUCCACCCUUACCAAAACAAUACAAAUUUUCUAGUUGGCCUGUUGAAAGUUUUUAUUAA